GACUAGUGAAGUACAACGUCGUGGACCACCACACUGUCAACAACACCGUAUUGGUAUCACUCCAUGCCGGCAAAAUAGGCUUACUUCUACCGGAAGAUCAUUGGAAUCGAUAUUUUCCCUUUGAGUCAUCUGUAAGGAUACGUCCCUGCAGAAACUGUCGUGUAGAACUCGUGAAGACUUCACAGCCCCUGUAAAAUUCAGGAAGAAGAGCGCUGCAUCUAGGCUGUCAUGGCAGUCGCAGUGCCUAAACUGUCCAGUGGCAGCAUUGUCCGCAUUCGCAUCAACAGUCUGGACCUGGGUACCACCAGGUGGAAAGAGGGUGUCUUUGAGAUCCACGAGAAGGACAACAAAGUGAACCUGUUACUGAAGUUCAACAGUGGCGGUACCCCUAAAAACUUCCAGUUGAACCACAAUGUGAAGAAUGUCGUGUUGGGCCCCGUGCGAGCUGCUUGCAGCCGACUGGUAAUCACUCUGAAGGACUCCGGUACUGUUACCUUGGACAAGACACCUGCUACAGUCGCUAAGAAAAUGAAGGACUAUCUUGAUUCACUUAAACAGGGGAAAACAACCGUACUGAAAACGAAUCAGGGAAGUGCUAGUUUUGUGGGGGUACUUGGAAAUCGUACAGGGAAAAAUGAGACACCCUUAUCUACGCCAGAGAGACAGACCACUCCCAGGCGACCAGGUACUGAUAGCCGGGAGGAGAACACCCCAAGGAAGCCUCUUGGAAGUCCAAGCCGAGUUGCCUCUACACCUGUCCGACCGGGCCUCUCCGAAAAUAGAAGUGAGAAAAGGAAGAGGCUCAUGAACUCGGAAAGUGAUAUGGCUGAGGAUUAUCCCAAGGAAAAUGACUCGUCUAGCAACAACAAGGCGAUAGCGGAUCCAUCCCGGAAGUUUCUUCUCAGCUGCAAGGAGAAGUUGAAGCAAUCUGAGGAAAACAGGACCUCUGCCUCACCUGCACCUCUACAGCCAUCCUCCUUCUAUGGCAGCAGACCAGUUGCUAAGGAUUAUACUCAAAGCCAUUCUUUUCUGGACAGGCCCAGCAGCACGAGCCAGUCUCCUUCUACUAAACGGAGCUUGGUGUUACCAAAUCACUCCACUCCCUUUAAAAAAGUGCGCCCUUCGCUCGACUACAGUGGCUGGAACAAACCAAGGCCAUCCACCCUUACCCAGCCACAGCCUUCACUACAGGGAUUCUCAAACUUGGGGAACACAUGCUAUAUGAAUGCGAUCCUCCAGUCGUUGUUCAGCCUGCCAUCUUUCUCUAAUGACCUACUCAAACAGGGAAUCCCAUGGAAGAAGGUUCCCAGUAAUGCCUUACUCAGACGCUUUGCACAUCUGCUUGCCAAAAAGGAUAUUUCGUGCCCAGAGUUGAAGAAAGACCUGCUGAGGAGGGUGAAGAACUCUAUCUCCUCCACCGCAGAGAGAUUCUCUGGAUAUAUGCAAAAUGACGCCCAUGAGUUUCUGAGCCAGUGUCUUGAUCAGCUGAAGGAGGAUGUGGAAAAAGUAAACAAAAGCUGGAAAAAUGAGCCAUCGCCAUGGGACGAGUCCCAGAGUCCGCGUUUGAGUGACGAGACGGACACCUCUCGUAUCUACACCUGCCCUGUAGUCGUCAAUAUGGAGUUUGAGGUGCUUCACACAAUCACAUGUAAAGGGUGUGGAGAGGUAGUUCAGAAGCGUGAGCGGUUCAAUGACCUGUCAAUCGACCUGCCGCGCAGGAAGAAAACGAUUCCUCUGAGGUCUAUCCAAGACUCACUUGACCUUUUCUUCAGGAUGGAGGAGAUCGAAUACUCGUGCGAGAAAUGUAGCGGGAAAGCAGCCACGGUGACGCACAAAUUCAGCAGAUUGCCGAGGGUCCUGAUCCUUCAUCUCAAGCGGUACAGCUACAACGCCCAGUUGUCUCUCAACAGCAAGCUGGGCCAGCAGGUGGUGAUCCCCAAGUACCUCACGCUGCUGUCCCACUGCACAGACUCCACGCGGCCUCCCCUCAGCCUGGGCUGGAGCGCACAAGCAGCCGUGUCACGGACACUGAAAACCUCCCAGACUGUGAACAAUUCCUCGCUACGAAAAGGGACCCUUAAACCUUGCUCGUCUACUUACACCAUUGUGGAUUCUGAUAGUGAAGAGGAGCUUGUCAGGAAAGUGUCCGUCACCCGCAAACAUAGACUGAGUGAAAGCCUGGCAGAUGACGAGAGAUCUGAGGAGAUCCCCCUGACUCAGCCCAGUGCCCAGACUGAGCAGUCUGAAUUCGCCGGCAUCAGUGAUGACGAGAUGCUGGCGGCUGUGCUGGAGAUGAGUCGUCACGAGACCACGCUGGCCGCGCCGCCAGAGGACGACCCCACCAGCAGCCCCGACACAGGCUUUGGAGACGCCGAUGGCCAGGACCUGACUGGCCACAUGGAGCUGAUGGAGGCAGACAAGCCAUCGACAGAUGUGCUGGACUCCUUAGAUCUCACCAUGGAUGAGAACAAGGAGAACCAGACCCCAGACGCCGCGCAGGGCGAGCUGGACUGGGUGCAGCAGUACAACCUGGACCAGGAGCGGGAGGAGCAGGAGCUCCAGCAGGCACUAGCCCAGAGCCUCCAGGAGCACGAGGCUCGGGAGUUGAGGGAGGAUGAUGACUUGAAGAGAGCCACGGAACUUAGCCUUCAAGAGUUUAACAACUCCCUGCCAGAGUUGUGCUCGGAUGAUGACUCUGGGAACGAGGAUGUGCUGGAUAUGGAGUACACGGAGGCGGAAGCUGAGGACCUGAAGAGGAAUGCUGAGAGUGGAGACUUGGCCAACUCAUUCAGACUCAUCAGUGUGGUCAGUCACAUUGGCAGCAGCUCUUCCUCAGGCCACUACAUCAGUGACGUUUACGACAUGAAAAAGCAGUCCUGGCUGACUUUCAACGACAUGGAUGUGUCCCGGACUCAGGAGUCUACUGUUCAGAGGGACCGCGACCGAAGUGGAUACAUCUUUUUCUACAUGCACAAGGAUGUAUUUGAUGAACUGUUGGAGGUGGAGAAGACUGGAGGCAGCAACGAAGCGAGCCGCACUGUACUGCAGCCCCUCUGAGAGUGGUUUGUGUGUGUGUGUAUAUGUAUGUAGGUGUGUGGGUGCGUGUGUGUGUGUGUGUGGACUGGACAUCUGACACCUCACGGAUGUCAUCAGGUGGCUAAAUGUGCUGCCUCUCUUUUUCUCGUACUACUGAUCACCCCGUCCACUUUCUUCUACUCUGGGCACUUUCUUUUAUUUUUUUAGUCUUGUAAAUCUAAUACUGGUUAUAACCCUGUGUCCUCUUUGUCACGUUAGAGGCACACUGUUGUUUCUGAAUCAUAAUAGAUAAACUUUGACGCUUUGUACACAUUUAUGGGUUUAAAAUAGUUUGGCCUGAAAGAAUAUAUAAAUAUACAUAUAUAUAUUCCCCAAGCUCAUCUCCAAACAGUGCUUCUUAAAGUAGUUCUUCGGUACAACAAAGCAUUAAGUCGUGCAUCAAGGACCUCAUUGGAUGUGUUUUAGAAAAUGUUGGUCCUUCUUAUGGCCAAAAGCCGCCUCUUCACCUUUGAGCUUUCUAUGUAAUUCUCUUUAAUAAAGAUCUAUUCUUGUAUGUGUUCUGAGAAGGGAGAUGGACGGUGUGAACUAUAUCUUUACUUCUAUAUGCAGAUAAACAUGGUGCAAUAUUUAUUUGGCCUAUUGGCGUCUGUUUGUCCUACAGAGACGGAUGGGUGAUAUCCGGUUUAUCUUUACAGCUUUACCUGUGACUUGUUUUAUAAGUUUUAUUUUAUGAACUAAAUUAAUCUAGCCUGUCUUUUUAUAUAUGAAAAAAAUCACUCAUGCCUGUAGAUUCCACUGGAAAUACUGGUAGUU